UCUGUUCCUCUCUCCUGGCGGCCAUCUUGCUGUCAGUGUGUUGGAGCCGCUCCCCAGCUCGGACAUGGCUGCCCGGCUCCCUGCCUGUGUGGUGGACUGCGGGACAGGAUACACCAAACUUGGAUAUGCUGGGAAUACGGAGCCACAGUUUAUCAUCCCAUCAUGUAUCGCCAUCAAGGAAUCUGCCAAGGUUGGUGACCAAGCUCAAAGACGCCUCAUGAAAGGAGUCGAUGACCUGGACUUCUUUAUUGGGGACGAAGCAAUCGAUAAACCAACCUAUGCUACUAAGUGGCCGAUUCGUCAUGGAAUAGUGGAGGACUGGGACCUCAUGGAGAGAUUCAUGGAGCAAGUCAUCUUCAAGUAUCUUCGAGCUGAACCUGAAGAUCAUUACUUUCUUUUGACUGAGCCUCCACUGAACACCCCUGAAAACCGGGAGUACACUGCAGAGAUCAUGUUUGAGUCUUUCAAUGUUCCCGGAUUGUACAUUGCGGUUCAGGCUGUACUCGCUCUGGCUGCUUCUUGGACAUCCAGACAGGUUGGAGAGCGCACUCUGACCGGAACUGUCAUAGACAGUGGGGAUGGGGUCACUCAUGUCAUUCCUGUGGCAGAGGGAUAUGUGAUUGGCAGUUGUAUUAAGCACAUCCCCAUUGCUGGCCGCGACAUCACGUACUUCAUUCAGCAACUGCUCAGAGACCGAGAGGUGGGAAUUCCUCCCGAGCAGUCUCUGGAAACUGCUAAGGCAGUGAAGGAACGUUUUAGCUACGUCUGCCCUGACUUGGUUAAAGAAUUCAGCAAGUAUGACACAGAUGGCCUGAAGUGGAUCAAGCAGUAUACCGGGGUAAAUGCGGUCUCCAAGAAGGAGUUUAGUAUCGACGUUGGUUAUGAGAGGUUCUUGGGGCCUGAAAUCUUCUUUCACCCAGAGUUUGCCAAUCCAGAUUUCACCCAGCCAAUUUCUGAAGUGGUGGACGAGGUAAUCCAAAACUGUCCUAUUGACGUCAGGCGUCCUCUUUACAAGAAUAUUGUACUUUCUGGAGGGUCAACGAUGUUCCGGGACUUUGGCCGACGUUUGCAGAGAGAUUUAAAAAGAACGGUAGAUGCCAGACUGAAGCUUAGCGAGGAGUUAAGUGGAGGCAGGCUGAAGCCAAAGCCAAUUGAUGUCCAGGUCAUCACUCAUCACAUGCAGAGAUAUGCUGUCUGGUUUGGAGGGUCCAUGUUGGCGUCCACGCCUGAAUUUUACCAAGUGUGUCACACCAAGAAGGACUACGAAGAGAUUGGGCCGAGCAUCUGUCGUCACAACCCUGUGUUUGGGGUCAUGUCCUAAGCUCUGUGUGUGAGGGGCCAUCUGGUUUUCUUGUAUGUUUGGACCGCUUGUUAACGUGUCCUGAAGCACAGGGCAAAGACCCCAGGAGUCGUUCGGGCCCCUUGGAUAAUUGUUAAUUCCUCAAAAUACAGUGGCUUGCAUAUGUUACUGGACUUUGUCAGCAACCAUAUGAACAUGGUUUGUGCACAUGUGUUUCUAAACAGUGCAUGUGUGUUCCAUGUAAAAUCUCUAUAGAACAUGGUACAUGAGAUCUGGAAAAUUACUUUAUCCUUGGACCAAUUUGUAGCUUUCGGUUCCUUCUUAAGCUGCUGUUAGGCUGAGGUUGACAGAACCAAUCUGCUUCUAUUAUUCCCAAUGCUUUCUGCUUAUAAAGACUAGUGAUUGAUAACUGCAGUUGUAUGGUCGUUUUCUGAUUAAAAUAAAUGGUUAAAAGAAUAAUUUGUGAAGCCUAAAAAUAUGGAAAUAAAAACCAAGAAAUCUUUUUACAAGCACUAGUUGUGUCUCUUUUAUAUCCUGUUAACCAUAUUGAGGAGAUUCCAGGUCUCUUCUGGUUGGUAAUGUCCAAAGUUCCAGGUGCUGACUAUGCACUAGGCUGUCCGUUGCUUGUAAUUGAUCAAACAAUUGCACAUUUUAAGACAUUUUCGUGGAUUUGUACAUUUCUAUCUUGGCUAAUUGUCUAACUGCACUAAUUGGGCUUGGAAUUGGCAAUUUACUUAUAAAUUGCUGUGAAUUCAGACUUUCUACAUUCUAUAUAACCAUUUUCUCUAAAUGGUGAAUUGUGAUGUGAACGCUAAAAUAAAAUAUCGCUGAUGGAAUAAAAGUCUUACAAUUUU